AUGGCCAUUCAAUAUCUCAUUCUCCUAUCCCGUCAGGGCAAAGUGCGUCUUGCCAAAUGGUUCACAACACUCUCCCCCAAGGAUAAGGCCAAGAUCGUCAAGGAUGUAUCUCAGCUUGUGCUCGCUCGAAGAACACGCAUGUGCAACUUUCUAGAAUAUAAGGAUACAAAGAUUGUCUAUCGCCGAUAUGCAUCACUCUUCUUCAUCGCCGGAUGCUCCUCCGAAGAUAACGAGCUGAUCACCCUCGAAAUUAUCCACCGAUAUGUCGAACAGAUGGACAAGUACUACGGCAACGUUUGCGAGCUCGACAUCAUCUUCUCUUUCACCAAGGCAUACUAUAUCCUCGACGAAAUCCUCCUCGCCGGCGAGCUGCAGGAAACGAGCAAAAAGAAUGUUCUUCGCUGCAUCGGCCAGCAGGACUCCCUUGAAGAUAUGGAGGCCGACGAACAAGUAUUGGUGUCGCUCAAGGAAUCAGGAAUUCUGUAA